AUGCCGCGCUUGAUGCAUAUGGUUGUCCUGUUGGCGCUCGUGGCUGUGCUGGCCGCCGCCAACGGUGCCACAGCCAGGCCCGCUGUUGGUCGAAGUGAUGAGCAGCGCGCCGUGGCGGCUGUUGUGGAUCGUGCCAGGAAGUCGUCUGGGUAUAAGAACACACAGCCAAUCAUCGGUGUCCUCACACAGCCCUGCACCGACUGCCCCGGCAGGUGCUACAUCGCAGCAAGCCCGUUCCUUGCACCCCCAAUUAGCUACGUCAAGUGGAUCGAGUCUGCGGGCGGCCGCGUGGUGCCAAUCAGGUUCUACGCGUCUGACGCGGAGCUGCACCGCCUGUUCAAGAGCGUCAACGGCCUCGUGUUCGCGGGCGGCCUGACGUGGCUCUGGCUGGACUCACCCUACGUCAUUGCGGCCCGCAAGCUCUUCAACUGGGCGAUCCAGGCCAAUGAGGCUGGGGACGUCUUCCCGAUUCACGGCACCUGCCUGGGCCACCAGCUGCUGCACAUCCUGGCAUCCAACGUGAGCCGCAACGACCUGCUGGUGGAGACAGACGCGGUGACGCAGCCCAGCACACUCAUCUUCACCGACAGCGCGGGCAGCAGCCACACCUUCAGCGGCCUGCCGGCCGACCUACGAAGCAAGCUGGAAGACCCCAAGCUGAACAUCGCGAUGCAGAACCACGAGUACGGCAUUCCCCCGCACCACUACCAGCGCUGGCCGCUCCUGGGGGAGUGGUUCAACGUGCUCACCACCUCCAAGGACCGCAAGGGGCUCGAGUACAUCUCAACGGUUGAGGCCAAGAAGUACCCCUUUACGGGCACCCAGUGGCACCCCGAGAAGCCUACCAGCGAAUUUGGAAUGGACGAGGUGCCCCAUACCCUGGACGCCGUGCGUGUGGGACAGUGGUUUGCCAACAAGUUCGUCGACACUGCCAGGCGCAGCAGCCACAAGCCCGAGAGCCCAGAGCAGGAGUUGGCCGACCUCAUCUACUCCACGGCCCCGGUGUUCAGCGCGCGCUUUGAGACAAUGGCUGAGGACAACUAUGACGGGCCCUACCAGACUUAUUAUUUCGACCAGAAGACCAAGCCCCCGGUGGGACCAGAGGACGACGAGCACGAGGGCGGGGGCCACGACGACCGCAAGCCCACCACCACGCACCGACCUCUGGCCCAGAGGGUGGCCACCUGA